GGACUUUGAACUUUUGGGUGCACAGCGAAGCAGCCAAAAGUUCCUGCUGAAAGCCGACUAUGUGGCUGCGAGUCUUCUUCACGCUCUUCGUCUUCAGCGUCUCCGGCAGCCAGGCGGCCUCAGUCUUCGUGGAUCCAGAUGUGGCCCACGCUGUCCUGGUUCGGGCCCGCAGGGCUAACUCGGGCUGGCUGGAGGAGCUCCAGAAGGGGGAUCUGAAGAGGGAGUGUCUGGAGGAGAGGUGCUCCUACGAGGAGGCCCGGGAGGUCUUUGAACACACCGAGACUACGAACGAAUUCUGGAGAACGUACAACCUCCCAGACAGCUGUAGGUCGAGUCCCUGUGUGAACGGAGGCAGCUGCUCCCCCCAGGGGUCGUCCUACGCCUGCUACUGCCUCCCCCAGUUCAACGGACUCAACUGUGAGAAUGAGAACGAGGCGGUCCGGGACAGCUGCCUGCUGGAGAACGGAGGCUGUGAGCAUUUCUGUGAUGAAGACGAGGAAGGACGAAGACUAAACUGCUCGUGUGCAGACGGCUACUUCCUGGACGUUGAUGGGCAAAGCUGCGUAGCAAAAGCGGCGAUAGCGUGCGGCAUGGUCCCCGUCCUGACCGGACAGAAGAAGUCAGACUCCAGGGCUCGAAUCGUCGGGGGAACAGAGUGUCCACGAGGUGAAUGUCCCUGGCAGGUUCUGCUGGUGUAUAAAGACAAAGGCUUCUGUGGAGGAGUGAUCUAUACACCUACGUGGAUCCUCACAGCGUCUCACUGCCUGGAGGACACAGAGACUCGCUUCCUGAAGGUGGUCGCAGGCGAGCACAACACGCAGAUGGACGAGGGUUCGGAGCAGCGGAUCCAAGUCUCCCAGAUCAUCAUGCACGAGAACUACGUGAAACUCACCGCCGACAACGACAUCGGCCUUCUGCGGCUGGCGACGCCCAUCGUCUACACGCCGUACGCCCUCCCGGCCUGUUUGCCGACGCGGCCGUUGGCCGAGCGCGUGCUGUGGGCCGUCGCCACGCACACGGUGAGCGGCUGGGGCCGCCGCAGCGAGAACGGGCCCACGUCCACCGUCCUGCGGCGGCUGGCGGUGCCGCGGAUACGCACGCAGGUGUGCGUGGAGGAGAGCGGCGUGGAAAUCACCGACAACAUGUUCUGCGCCGGAUACAUCGAGGGUCUGCAGGACUCGUGUAAAGGAGAUAGCGGCGGCCCCCUGGUGACUCGCUACGGGAAGACGGUCUUCCUGCUGGGGAUCGUCAGCUGGGGGAAAGGCUGCGCCCGGCCGGGAGCCUACGGCAUCUACACCCGCGUGUCCAACUACCUGCCGUGGAUCCACAACCGCACGGCGCCGGCAAAAGGGCUGCCCAAUCGCACGGCACUGCCAACCGUGCCAACCAACCACAGAGCACUGCCAACCGGGCCAGCCAACCACAGAGCACUGCCAACCGUGCCAACCAACCACAGAGCGAAUUCAACCGUGCCAGCCAACCACACAGCGGCGGCAAAUGCCACUGAGGCUUCGCUACACAACCUAACCACCUGAAAGUUCAUUGUGCAACGUUUAUUUUUAUAGAGAGGCGUAGUCCCGCCCCUUUUGGUGGACCUCAUGGGACAUUAAUUUACCUACAAUAUUAUAUUAAAGAAGCAUAACUGUAAAAAAACACACACACACACACAUAUAUACACACGUACACACACACAGACACACACACACAUAUAUACACACACACACACACACACAUACAUAU